CAGCUCUCUCAUUUACCAUUUAGUCUUCAUGACAGCAGCAGCUUAGAGGCAAUGUCCAUUUGCCAACACAGCUGGCUGGAGUAGCUGCCCUCCAUUAUGGACAUUUUCUCUUGAUAGACUCCUGUUAAAACAACAAGAAUGGCAGUUUUACAGGCUUACAAAAUCCUGUGGGGUACAGCCAUAGUUUGUGUGAUUUUACCUCACUUAAAUCUGGGAUUGUUGUCUGACUUCAAGAUCUGUGGAGAUUCUGAGUGUGAAAGCCUAAUGAGCAGAGUGCAGGCCAUCAAGGACCACCGUGGUAAGGACUGCCGUUUCCUGACCUUCAGACGAGGAGACACCAUUUUUGUUUACCACAAACUGACCGGAAAGAGGGAGGACCUCUGGGCAGGCAGUAUUGACAAACAGUUUGGCUAUUUCCCAAAGGAUGCUGUGCAAGAGGAGCAGAUUUACGCAACUAUGGAGAAAAUAGUGGAAACACAGAAAUCUGAUUUCUUCUGUAUGGAUGAGUUUGGUUAUCCCAUUGACUCCAGUCACCUGGACAGUGACGAUGAUAAUGGUGACCAGAAAAUCCAAAACAAGGAGUCACAAACCACCCCACACACCGAUGACACAAAUGCUGAAAGUAUUUCAACAUCUGCAGGUGUCUCUACAGAAUCUCCAGUCCCAGCACAGGAGGCUGAAGGCACAUCGACAGACCCGGACAGAAACAAAAACAGCGGUGAUGCUGCUGCGGGGACUCAGGAGGAAGCACGGGAGGCUCCUGCGGCUCAGAAAGAACAAGGUGGGUCUGCUCCCUCUUCCUGGCUCGGUUAUUCAGUGACAGGCUGGUUAGGUCUGGCCAAAGAAGAAGAAUCUGGCAAUUUGGCCGAAGGAGAGAAAAAAGAUGAGAGAAAAGAGACAAAGGCCGAAGGCUCUUUGACUUCUUCAGUAACAGGAUGGCUGGGGUUGGGAGGAGAAGGAAAACCUGAUGAUGCCGUGAGAAGUAGAGAAGAAGACACAGAAUCUGCUGAUUCUUAUGCUUCAACCAUGACCGGGUGGCUUGGCUUUGGAGGAGAGGGGAAAAAAAUUAAUUCCAAAGAAAAAGAGCAAGGUGAAGAAAGAGAAAAUGACGAGGAAAAAGAACCAGCAACGAAAUUCAGGAGUAGGAGAAUUUCUCUGGACUUAGAGGGAAGCCAAUUAUACGAAGAGGAGAAGAAGGAGAUGGGGACAUUGGACUGGCUAGGAAAUGGAUUGUCAAGCACACUGGGGUUCGGCCGGACCAAUCAGGAGUCAGGGCAGGAGAUAACGACUGAAAAAGAGGCCAAGGAGACGACCCAGGUGGAGGAUAAACAGCCAGCGUCUAGUUCAUGGUUAGAUAUGGGGAUCGGGGACAUUUUAGGCUUCAGGAAGGACACGAGUGAAGUUGAUGAGUGCACAGGACGUGGUUUUAAGGAGACAGAAGAGGACAAAACUUUAGAAGAACCAGCAGGCUCAGAGAAUAUGGAGACCAAUCAAUCACAACCUGCACAGACAGAGGAGGUAAGGACAGAAACUAGCAAUGAAUCAAAGGUGGAAGAAACUCCAGAAGACCAAAACACCCCAUCAGAGAUGGAUGUUUUGACACAAGUGGAUGUCAAUUUAGGGCCCGAUUUCAGUUCUGUGGAUUUAAAUUCAAAGUCUGUAGGUGAGCUUGAUGAAGACAAAACUGAGGUGUUUGAGGAAAGGGUAGAGAUCUUGAAUCUGACUGAUAACACAGAAGAAUCCACAGAUACGUCUGUUAAACGUGGUGCCGGUGGUGAUGAUCAUGAAGCUGAGGGGAAUAAUGCAGAGACAGAUGUACCUCACAGAGAAACUGCCACAACUCAGAGUCAAGUCGGUGAUGGUGCAGCAGAGAGCAGUGGAAAGAGUCCACCUGAAGAGAGAAAUGAACCAGUCAUUUCCAGAAUCACCAGUGAGGAUGACACUUUAACUGCGCACAGUGUGGAAACCAGUGUUAAUCAUUCAGAUUCACUUGCUAUGAUUAGGAAUAACACAGAAACAAAGACACGUGAGUUAGGACAGGAGAGAGAAGUGCACCCUGUUGAGGGCAGCUCCAACGAGUAUGAAAAUGCCUCAGAGGAGAACAGAAGAACAUUUUCCACUAGUGAGAGCAUUGCACAGAUGAAAAACAACGCAGACCAGGACUCUUUGUCUCCACAUCUGCAACAGGGGGCCACACAAACUGAUGGUGAUGCACACAAGCUAAAGGAAACUGUUAGAGUCCCCGAGAACGGCCACCAGCAAACUGAGAAUGAGACAACAGGGUUUGAGAAAGACACGCAUGGUCUACAGUCAGCUACAGGCUCUGAAACAGAGACUGGGACUGAGGAAGUGGUGGAGUCAAAGGAAGAGGAAACGCAGGGGGAGGUAGAAGAGUCAAAGGAGGAGGAGAAACAGGAGAAGUUAAAGGAGGUGGGGCAAAUGAAGCACCUGGAAAAGCAGCAGGAAGUGGAAAAAAAACAGGUGGAAAAGGAGUAUGAGGUAAAAGACUUAAAGGAAGAAGAGGAGCACCAGGAAGUGACAAAGAUAAAGGAAGAGGGGAAAGAGGAGGAGGUGGAGGAGAAGAAGCAGGGGCAGAUUGAAGAGUUAAAGAUGGAGGAGAAAAAGGAGGAAAAGAAGGUGGAGGUGCAGGAAGUUGAGGAGGAAAAGGAGGAUGAGGUAAAAGACUUAAAGAAAGAGGAGAAACAGCAGGAAGCAGAGGGGAUAAAGGAAGAGGGGAGAGAGGAGGAGGUGGGGGAGAAGAAGCAGGGGGAGAUUGAAGAGUUAAAGAUGGAAGAGAAACAGGAGGAAAAGAAGGUGGAGGUGCAGGAAGUGGAGGAGGAAAAGCAGGAGGAAAAGGAGGAUGAGAUAAAAGACUUAAAGAAAGAGGAGAAGCAGCAGGAAGUGGAGGGGAUAAAGGAAGAGGGGAGAGAGGAGGAGGUGGGGGAGAAGAAGCAGGGGGAGAUUGAAGAGUUAAAGAUGGAAGAGAAACAGGAGGAAAAGAAGGUGGAGGUGCAGGAAGUGGAGGAGGAAAAGCAGGAGGAAAAGGAGGAUGAGAUAAAAGACUUAAAGAAAGAGGAGAAGCAGCAGGAAGUGGAGGGGAUAAAGGAAGAGGGGAGAGAGGAGGAGGUGGAGGAGAAGAAGGAGGGGCAGAUUGAAGAGUUAAAGAUGGAAGAGAAACAGGAGGAAAAGAAGGUGGAGGUGCAGGAAGUGGAGGAGGAAAAGCAGGAGGAAAAGGAGGAUGAGAUAAAAGACUUAAAGAAAGAGGAGAAGCAGCAGGAAGUGGAGGGGAUAAAGGAAGAGGGGAGAGAGGAGGUGGAGGAGAAGAAGAAGGUAGAGAUAGAAGAGUUAAAGGAGGAGGAAGCAGUGGAAGAGUUAAAUGAAGGGGAGAACAGGGAUGAGAUUGAGGAGAUAAAGGAGGAGAGAAAACAGGGGGAGGUGGGGGGGUUAAAGGAAGAGGAAAGUCAGCAGCAGAUAGAAGAAAUAAAAGAAGAAAAGCAGGAGGGGGGAGUGUCAAAGGAAGAGGAGGAGCAGCAGGAAGUGACAGAGAUAAAGGAAGAGAGGAAAGAGGAGGAGGUGGAGGAGAAGAAACUAGAGGAGUUGGAAGAGAUAAAGCCACUGGAAAAGCAGCAAGAAGUGGAGGAGGAAAAGAAGGAUGAGGUAAAAGACUCAAGGGAAGAGGAGAAGCAGCUGGAAGUGAAGGAGAUAAAGGAAGAGGGGAGAGAGGAGGAGGUGGAGGAGAAGAAGGAGGGGCAGAUUGAAGAGUUAAAGAUGGAAGAGAAACAGGAGGAAAAGAAGGUGGAGGUGCAGGAAGUGGAGGAGGAAAAGCAGGAGGAAAAGGAGGAUGAGAUAAAAGACUUAAAGAAAGAGGAGAAGCAGCAGGAAGUGGAGGGGAUAAAGGAAGAGGGGAGAGAGGAGGAGGUGGAGGAGAAGAAGAAGGUAGAGAUAGAAGAGUUAAAGGAGGAGGAAGCAGAGGAAGAGUUAAAUGAAGGGGAGAACAGGGAUGAGAUUGAGGAGAUAAAGGGAGAGAAAACAGGGGGAGGGGGGGGGUUAAAGGAAGAGGAAAGUCAGCAGCAGAUAGAAGAAAUAAAAGAAGAAAAGCAGGAGGGGGGAGUGUCAAAGGAAGAGGAGGAGCAGCAGGAAGUGACAGAGAUAAAGGAAGAGAGGAAAGAGGAGGAGAAGAAACUAGAGGAGUUGGAAGAGAUAAAGCCACUGGAAAAGCAGCAAGAAGUGGAGGAGGAAAAGAAGGAUGAGGUAAAAGACUCAAAGGAAGAGGAGAAGCAGCUGGAAGUGAAGGAGAUAAAGGAAGAGAGAAAACAGGAGGAGGUGGAGGAGUUAAAGGAAGGGGGGAGGCAGGAGGAAGUGAAUGACCUAAAGAAAGAGGAAAGUGAGCAGCAGAUAGAAGAGUUAAAAGAGGAAAAGCAGGAGGUGGAAGAGUUAAAAGAAGAAGAGAAUAGGGAGGAAUUAAAGGAGAUGGAAGAAGAACAGGAAAAAGAGAAGAAAGAGGUUGAACAGAAACAGUCAUCACAUUUUGAGGUACAGGAGGAAAACACUGACAAGCCAGAGUCAGCAAGCAGUGAGAAAGAGACACAAGAUGACAACAGCUUGGAAUCUGUCUUCUCAGAAACACAGACUGAAAAGAGACAGACCGAAAACCCACAGACGGAAGAAGAGAAGAGAGCAGAAGUGGGAGAAGUAAAGAAUGAAAUGAAAGAGGAGGAGGCUGUGCUCCAUCAGGGAGAUAAAACUGAGCCCAAAGACACCGAAACUAGCAAUGGGGUUUCGACUGAGCAGAAAACAGAGCUACACUCCAAUCACAAGAUAGGCACAGAGGAGGACACUGACAGGGAAGAGAGGGACAUCAACAUGAAGCAUGAUGUAGGAGUGAAUGAGGAUGCUGAUAUACGGAUGAAAGAUAAUGAUCGUAAGACAGUUAGCACUGAAUUCAGUGCCGAGGGAGGAAUGAAAACAACAGUUUCGUCCAGUGACCCCGUUGGAAGUCCGGCUGUGAUAUCUGAACAUCCAACUGGUUCUUCACUUCUGUCUGAUGGUCACAAUGAAGGGACAGCAGAGACUGAAAGUAGAGGAGCAUUUGGCCUUUUCAAAAAUGCCUUUACCUUUUUCAGCCAAACUAAGGAAUCCACAGAAUCUGCCCCAGGUUUGGAUUCUAACACAGGCAAGACGGGCGAGGCACAAGACUCUCUGACCCCUGAACAAGAACUGGAUUCAACUAGUGAUUCAAGUCAGGUUUACACUCAAGAUUUGCACAUAGAUACUCCCAUCACCAUGUCACAGCAGCAGCUGCAGCCCUCUACCACCUUUAUCCAGACAUCACCUCCAUCCCCAUCGCAAGCCCUUUCUCAUCCCAGUUCUCUGACUCCAAACACAGGAAGCCCUGUCCAAACAAAAGCCCUCUCCAAACACUAUAAGAACUUCCUUGCCUAUAUGAGCAAGGAUGAGACAACUCUUUUGAUGGAGCUCUUUGGGCGACACAAGCUGCAGUUUUUGGAUUACAUUUUAGGAAGUCCAGAAACCAUGACUGAUGACCCUGAUAAUGAUGAGUCCAUAUUGUUGGAUAUAGAAAGAGUGCUGCACUAUCACAGGGAGACACUGCUCGCUCCUAGCAUGAGGCUCGUGGACGCACCACAGGCGGACAAAGAAAAGACCAGAAUGCUCAUCGCGCUUCAGAAGCUAGAAAUGCUGUUGGCAAGAGUGAGAGAAACUUUCAACACAGGAAAGUCCGACAUCAGUAAACAUAAAGCCGGGGCCAGCUGUGUUGGUGAAUCCUGCUCAAUUCCCAGCAGAGAUGAGAAAGAGUCAAGUAAGAAUGGAGAUUCCUCUUCAAGCCUGGAUAAUAACUCUCCAAGAGAUGAAUGGAUGGGGGUGGAGAAAGAGACCGAUGGACAGAUGAGUGGAGACAUGGGAAAAGGGAGGGUAACUGAGGAGGAGAAAAGAGGAGAGAAGAAAAUUAGAAGUGAAGGAGACGGAGUGUUGCGUCCUCAUAUUCAGCCAGGAUCAUCAAAGCCAAUCGAAGGGGUAAUGAAGCAAAUUCUGGACUUUGUUCAGCAGAUCGCUGAAGACUCAACCACUCAUGUUCAUGCAGCGAAGAAGCUCCUCAUAUGGCUAACUGUACAGGUUGUAUCGUCCCUGCCUGAUGACAUCCGACCCGGGCCGGAUCUGUACGGGGUACCAUGGGAACCAGUUAUCCUCUCCAGUCUGGUGGGGCUGGUGACAAUGCUGCUGUUCACCUGUAGAUGUUAUAGCUCUGUCAAAAGCAGAAUGUAUCAAAGCAAAGAGCGGUGGAUGGCUGAGCAGGUUGCACAGCUGCUGGAUGAGAAGUGUAAAGUCCUUGAGACUCUCAGCAAAUGUCAACAAGAGUAUGAUGAACUGGAGAGCUCACUGAAGGACAGUGGUGUUUUGGCCCAAACUCAAAAGACAGAACAUCUGGAGGGCAGAGCCAUACAGUUGGAACAUGCUAAAGGGGAGCUGGAUCGGGAUCUUGAACAACUGAAGGAUCAACUGUAUCAGCAGAGGGAACAUAGGAUAGCUCAGGAAAAGAGGAUAGCAGUGCUUGAAGAGAGCAUGAAAACAUUUGAGGAAGAAACCCAAGACCUCCAGUCACAGCAUGAGCAGGCACAAACCACUCUGAAAGUAUACAGUAUGAACAGUGACAGACUGCAGAAGAAUCUGGAAACAGCCGGAGAGGAGAACACACUGCUACAGGAGAGCAACGCUCAGUUGAGGCAGCAGGUGGAGGGAUGGGCAGAAAGAGUGAGUGAGUUGGAGGAGGAGAUGAGCCGGUGUGAGGUCGCCCACAGCGCGAUGCUUCAGGAUGUGGCCAACAAGGAUGAGCGUAUAAUGUCCUUGACAGAUCGGCUGCUGGGGAUGAAGGCUUGGGAUUCGGACCUGGAGGAAGAGGAAGGUGAGGAAGGAGGAGAGAAGGAGACGUCCAAUGGGAGAGCAGAGGAGAAUGGAAAAGGAGACAGAAUGGACACACAAGGUCAUCUUCAGAAAGUCCAGAAACUUAUCUAUGCUGCUAAGCUGAAUGCAGAUCUGAAAUCAGUAGAUGAAGACAAGGACAGAGUAUUUGCCAAACUAAGUGAUGAAGUCAGAGCUAAAGAAGACCUGCAAAUGAGCAUUAGGGAGCUGGAGAAUGAGAAAUUAUCACUGCACUCAGAGGCUGAGCACUACUCAGAUCAGGUCCAAAAAUUACAACAGAAACUCCAGAUUAUGACGGAAAUGUACCAGGAGAAUGAACUCAAGCUACACAGGCUGCUGACAGUAGAGGAGAAGGAGCGGCUUCAGAAAGAAGAGAAGUUAAAUAAAGCAGACAGAAACAUUGCGCUGGCCAUGGAAGAACUCAACAACUAUAGGAAACGGGCAGAAGAGAUGGAGGAAGAGCUGGAGAAAACCAAACAGUCUUAUCAGACGCAAAUAUCAGCACAUGAGAAGAAGGCUCACAAUAACUGGUUGGCAGCCCGAGCAGCAGAAAGAGAUCUAGCAGACAUCAGGAGAGAAAACGCCCUCUUCAGACAAAAGCUGACAGACACACAGUUUAAACUAGAUGCCCUCGACAAAGAUCCCUACGCCUUGGACACCCUGGCUAGACCGCUGCCUUUCAGAGCUGAGAGGUCACCGUACGGACCGUCUCCUCUGGGUCGACCUGCAUCGGAAACCAGAGCUUUUCUGUCUCCUCCUACGUUGAUGGAUGGACCUGCUAGACUGUCUCCUAGAAUGCCUCGUGGUCCAGUGGAGCCCCCGGGUGGCCAUGGAGAGAUGGAGCGGAGUGGAGGUCCUCAUUCAGACAGUGGCUCAAACUCUCCUACAUGGGAGAGAGAUCGCAGGGGACCCCCACCAGGACCUCCAGGCUACAUGUUCACAGAACCAGGAGGUCCAAUGUAUAGGAGACCUCCACCUCCUCCAGGAGCUCUAGGCCCAUUGCCUCCUCCUGGCUCCUUCCCGCCCGGCCCUCUCCAUCCUAGGGGUCUCCCCCCGGGACCCCCACACCCUGCAGACAUGGCAGAUAUCUCACACAGAGAAAACAGCCUUGGGCCUGGUGAACAGGAACGCAGAGAGUCUGGUCCUGGAGAUCGAAGGACUCCCCCUGAGGCUGAUCCAAGGAUGGGGGGCGCACCCCCAAUGGGCCCGAUGGGCCCCAUGGAUGGUCCCUUUCCUCGUAGAGCCCCCUAUGGUCCACCACCUCCUGAUUUCUAUCCUCCCAGGGGACCCGGGGGCCCUCCCAUGAUGCCUAUGUGGGCCCCUCCGCCUCCAGGGAUGAUGUUCCCUCCUCGUUUCCCUCCCAGUGGACCUCCUCUUGCUCCUACUUCUCAUUCCCGCCACCCUCCCAUGCGGCCCCCUCUGCCCGACGGCCUCCCACCUGCAUCCAUGGGUCCUCUUCCUCCCCAGCAGUCCCUCCCCUCCCCACCACACAGCCAGUCGCCAGACGAGCGCACAAUCUCGCCUGAAGACGCCAUUUGAGCCUGAGGUUUUGUACGUGAGCUGCAACAUGACGUGUUUCUGGUUAAAAUAUAGCAUGGUGGUAGAUGGAUGGUUGGGCAGGUCUUCCUUACUUAUAUUUUCUUCUGCUUAAUAACUAGAGGAUGAAUUUAAUGAAGAGUCUCACUUUGUUGCUGUCUGUCUGCUUCUCCUUUGUCUGUCUUUCUCUUCUAUUCACAUCCUCUCUUUUUACUCCCUCCUCUGCCCUGUUUCUCCAGUCUGCCUAUCCAGCUACAUUCCCUGUGAAGUAGUUCCUGUUGUUUCAGAGUCACAGUGAGUGGUUAGACUCUGUUGUGUAAUAACACGACAGCUUAAUCUGUACAUCUGGGUGUGUGAAUGUUGCCACCUGAACCAGAAACAGUUGCUUGUUUGCUUGACAAGGUUUUUAAUGAUACUAGGAUUGAAAUGUGCACAUGUACAAAUGCUCUUUGUGUGGUAUGUGGCAAGUGUCGAGUGUUUUACAUAUGGCAUCAGUCAGCAUUUCAUCCCAGUGGCACAGAAAGAGAAAUCAAAUGAUGACAGGCUAUUAGGGAAGAAACGCAUCUUUUUUUAGGCAUAAUAUAAUAUAUUUUGUUACACCUGCACUCAUGCCAUUGUCUCCAUAAUUUAUGAAAGCGUGUCCUAUGACACCUGCGUUGAACUGGAUUUUACACUUAAAUCAGGUCUGGUUUUGUCUAUGACUGAGUUGAACUUAAACUAAAUAUUCCUCAGAGGUCAAAUGAGAGAAGAUUCAUCAACAAAGCUACUAUAUCAAAGAGCAGCAAGCAAACAAUGCUUUUAAUCAUGUUUCAGUGACUGGCAUAUGGCCUAAGCUUGAAAAUAGUGGCUUUUAGUAGCCGCAUGUAUUUUGUGGAAGUAAGCUGUGACUCGUCCUGGCAGCCACAGAGCAGUGAUUUAAAUGGCUGGAAGAGAGGCUGCCUUCAAAGCCACAAAGAUGACACCCAUGUGAAUUUUGUAAAAAGUGAUUAUUAAUAGAUGAAUAAAGACUGUCAAAUUGUCACAGUCUCCAUAAUUCACUGAUGUAUUACUGUUCAGUGUAUAUAUAUAUAUAUAUAUAUAUAUAUAUAAUCUCAUCUGACAUGCGAUGGCAGUGUUAUAAAUAUGGUAAAUAUGUAAUUGCAGAGUAUACUUAUUUAUUGUCACCUUGAUUGUACAGCACAAUUCAUAUGUAAUGAUGUCUAACUCCCUGACCAAACGCUUGUCAUGUGUCAUUUUAAACAUUUACAGAACAUUUGUUUGAAGGUGAACAGAACAAUCUGAAAAUAAAUUUGCGACAAUGCAGUUUAAAUUAC